AUGCCUCAACUCGUCCCCCUUCCGGCUGCCUCCUCACAAACCUCUGCUAACAUGUAUAAAAGGGUCCAUCACCCAUACGCCGGAGCCCCAAUGGCUCCCCACGCUGAGAUCGCGAACGGUGAUGGACCUGUCAACUCUGGCGGCGUUUCCUCCUCCACCAACCAGAAGGUGACCUUCAAGGUCAACUCCCCCAACGUCGAGUACACCGACAACCAGAUCCGCUCCAAGUACACUUAUCACACCACCGAGGUGUCCGAGGUUAACGGCCAGUAUGUUGCGGUCCCCAAGGAGACCCAGUACAACUUCAAUGUCGACACCAAGGUCCCCAAGCUGGGUAUGAUGCUCGUUGGCUGGGGCGGCAACAACGGUUCCACCGUCACCGCCGGCAUCAUUGCCAACCGCCGCGGGCUCUCCUGGCAGACCCGCCGCGGUGAGCAGAAGGCCAACUACUACGGCUCUCUGAUCAUGGGCUCUACCAUCAAGCUCGGCACCGAUGCCAAGACCCGCAAGGAUGUCAACAUCCCCUUCCACGACCUCCUCCCCAUGGUCCACCCCAACGACAUUGUCAUCGGCGGCUGGGACAUCAGCAAGCUCAACCUCGCCGAGGCUAUGGACCGCGCCCAGGUUCUCGAGCCCGGCCUCAAGGCUCUGGUUGCCAAGGAGAUGGCCUCCAUGGUCCCCCUUCCUAGCAUCUACUACCCCGACUUCAUUGCUGCCAACCAGGAGAAGCGUGCCGACAACAUCCUCGAGGGCACCAAGGCCUCCAUGGCCCACGUUGAGAAGAUCCGCCAGGACAUUCGUGACUUCAAGGCUGCCAACAACCUUGACCGUGUCAUCGUCCAGUGGACCGCCAACACUGAGCGUUUCGCUGACCUCAUUGAGGGUGUCAACGACACUGCCGACAACCUCCUCAAGGCCAUUGAGAACGGCCACGAGGAGGUCUCUCCCUCCACCGUCUUCGCUGUUGCUUGCAUCCUCGAAAACACCCCCUUCAUCAACGGCUCCCCCCAGAACACCUUCGUUCCCGGUGCCAUUGAGCUUGCCGAGCGCCACAGGGCCUUCGUCGGUGGUGAUGACUUCAAGUCUGGCCAGACCAAGAUGAAGUCGGCCCUCGUCGACUUCCUCAUCAACGCCGGUAUCAAGCUUACCUCCGUUGCCAGCUACAACCAUCUCGGCAACAACGACGGCAAGAACCUGAGCGAGCAGAGACAGUUCCGCUCCAAGGAGAUCUCCAAGUCCAACGUCAUUGACGACAUGGUGGAGGCCAACACCGUUCUCUACGCCCCCGGCGAGAAGCCCGACCACACCGUUGUCAUCAAGUACAUGCCCGCUGUCGGCGACGACAAGCGUGCUCUUGAUGAGUACUAUGCUGAGAUCUUCCUCGGCGGUCACCAGACUAUUUCGCUCUUCAACGUGUGCGAGGACUCCCUUCUCGCUUCCCCCUUGAUCAUCGACUUGGUCCUCAUCACCGAGCUCUUCACCCGUAUCCGGUGGAAGGCUGUCUCCACCGACGGCGCCGCCACCAAGGACUUUGAGGGCUUCCACAGCGUUCUCUCUGUCCUCUCCUACAUGCUCAAGGCUCCCUUGACUCCUCCCGGCACACCCGUUGUCAACGCCCUUGCCAAGCAGCGCUCCGCUCUCGUCAACAUCAUGCGCGGCUGCUUGGGUCUCCAGCCCGAGUCCGACAUGACUCUUGAGCACAAGCUCUUCUAA